AUGUUGAGAUCAUUCAAGCAGCUCUCGGCAGCACCGAGGUUCUCGCACUUUGUGAGAUACGCCUCCAAUAAAAAGUACGAUGUCGUGGUCAUUGGCGGUGGUCCCGGUGGCUACGUUGCUGCUAUUAAGGCCGGUCAAUUGGGCUUGAACACUGCAUGUAUUGAAAAGAGAGGUGCUUUGGGGGGCACCUGUUUGAACGUGGGCUGUAUCCCUUCAAAGUCUCUUUUGAACAACACGCAUUUGUUGCACCAAGUGCAGCACGAGGCUAAGGAGAGAGGUAUCGACGUUGGAGGCGAGGUCAAGCCCAAUUUCGCCAAUUUGAUGAAGGCCAAGGAGAAGUCGGUUAAGCAAUUGACGGGCGGUGUCGAGAUGUUGUUCAAAAAGAACAAGAUUGACUACUUGAAAGGUACCGGGUCGUUUGUUAACGAAAAGACCAUCAGAGUCGAGCCGCUUGAAGGGGGAGAACCAUACGAGGUUGACGCUGAAAACAUCAUUGUUGCCACCGGAUCCGAGCCAACUCCAUUCCCAGGGAUCGAGGUCGACGAAGAGAGAAUUGUCACUUCAACUGGAAUUUUGUCGUUGAAGGAGAUUCCCCAGAGAUUGGCUAUUAUCGGUGGUGGUAUUAUCGGUUUAGAAAUGGCGUCAGUGUACGCGAGAUUAGGGUCCAAAGUCACCGUGCUUGAAUUUAUGGACUCCAUUGGUGCCGGUAUGGAUGCCGAGGUCUCCAAGACCACGCAAAAGCUCUUGACGAAACAAGGCUUGGACAUUAAAACGGGAACCAAGGUGCUCAAAGGUGAGCGUGAAGGAGAUGUAGUCAAGAUUGAAGUUGAAGAUGCCAAGUCUGGCGAAAAAAGCGAACUUGAGGCGGAUGUUUUGUUGGUGGCCGUUGGUAGAAGACCAUACAUUGAAGGCUUGAACAUUGAGGCGGCCGGUUUAGAAAAAGACCAAAAAGGUAGAUUGGUCAUUGAUGACCAGUUCAAGACCAAACACGACCACAUCAGAGUCAUUGGCGAUGUCACGUUUGGCCCAAUGUUGGCACACAAGGCAGAAGAAGAAGGUAUUGCUGCUGCUGAGUACAUCAAAAAGGGCCACGGCCAUGUGAAUUACGCCAACAUUCCCUCGGUGAUGUACACGCACCCGGAAGUUGCCUGGGUCGGAUUGAACGAGCAGCAGUUGAAAGAGCAGGGAAUCAAGUACAAAGUCGGUAAGUUCCCCUUUAUCGCCAACUCAAGAGCCAAGACCAACUUGGACACUGAUGGAUUUGUCAAGAUUAUCGCCGAUGCUGAAACCGAGCGUGUCUUGGGAGCCCACAUCAUUGGUCCAAACGCCGGUGAAAUGAUUGCCGAGGCUGGAUUGGCUUUGGAAUACGGUGCUUCGACCGAGGAUAUCGCUAGAACCUGUCAUGCUCACCCAACUUUGUCGGAGGCGUUCAAAGAAGCCGCAUUGGCCACCUUUGACAAACCAAUCAACUUUUAA